AUGCAAUCUCCAUCCAAACGCGGUUCGUCACUUCGCGAUUGUGAUAAGAGAUAUGCCUUUGAUUCCAAAGCGCUGGCCGCUUAUAGACUUCGGCGAUUAGCCGAUUCGCGUCCAUCUUCACUUCGUCCCUCAUUUUUGCCAAUAUUGAACAAUAUGAAUGAUUUCGAAUUAAUAGCACAAGGCGCCGAAGCACGCAUAUACAAAGGUAUUUAUUUAGGAAAACCAACGUUAAUCAAAGAGAGAUUUGAAAAAAAGUACAGACAUGCAGAUUUAGAUAAGCGUCUUACAAAAGAUCGUAUAAAAGCUGAAUGUCGUGCUAUAAUUCGUGCUAAAGCCGCAGGAAUCACAACACCAGCCAUAUAUUUGGCAAAUUUGGAACGACGAUGUAUUUAUAUGGAAUAUAUAGAAGACGCACUAAUACUAAAAGAAUUUAUCGAUAAAAAAGUUUCGAAAGAAACAAAUGACGAUCGUUUAUUAAAUUUUAUAGCACAAGGACUCGGAACAAUAAUUGCGAAAUUACAUUUGAAAAACAUAAUUCAUGGAGACUUGACUACUUCGAAUGUACUUUUGAAAAAUAUUGACGACGAUCACAAUAAAAAAUAUGAAAAUGCUGCGAACAAUUUUGUUUUAAUAGAUUUUGGAUUAGCUCGCAUAGAAUCAAGCGUAGAAGACAAAGCAGUUGAUUUGUACGUUCUUGAACGAUCAUUACUAAGUGCACAUUCAGAAAUACCUCUUUUGUUUUCAAAGAUAUUUGACACUUAUCAGAAACAUUAUGCAAAUAAAAAUCAAUGUAAAGAAAUUAUUUCUAAAUAUAAAGAAGUACAAUUACGAGGGCGGAAACGUUUAAUGAUCGGUUGACUUCGAUAGAUUUUUUAUGAAUAUAUUAAACACAUUUUAUUACCAUAUUUCCAAUAAUUUAUACAUGUUAAAUAUACCUAAAUAUACAUGUUAUAUAUCUUAAAUAAACCUUAUAUAAGCUUGAGCUCUACUAUUUUAGUGAUACCUAUGAUUUUAAAAUUGUAUAUUAGUUUUAUGAUUAGUUUUCUUAUCCAGAUUAUUUUUUCAAUCACUAUUAUUUAUUUUUUUGAAAAAAGUUCAAAUAAAUUGUUAUCAAUAAAAUUUAAUGUAUACAGAACUAUAUAAUAUUCCAAAUCUAUUUUUUUAUAUUUUUGCCUUGUACUUGUUAAGGCAAAAGCUAAGGCUGUUAAUAUAUAUUUAGAUAGUAGAAAUAAUACCAGUAUAAAAAUUUGAUAAAUAAUACAUCCAGUAUUAAGUCUGAUCAAAUAUUGAGCAAUAUAGUUAUUCAAAAUGUUUAUUUAUAUUAAUUAUCUGCACAUAUAUAUAUAUAUAUAUAU